AUGGUUAUAAUUAAUCAGUGUCUUGCAGGAGCUUCAGAAGAAGCUAAAGCAAUACUUCCAAAACUUGAAUCUUUGGCUACAAGUAUUAGAAGAAAACGAAAAUCACAAGGAAUGGGAAUUCAAAUUAAUGUUGACGAGGAGGAUUUUAAUUUAGAAAAAAAUAAAGAAAAUAUUUUGCUUGAUACGGGAAUUGGGGACAUUAACAGAGUAAUUGUUUAUGGAACUAAUUUAAAUAUUGCCCGUCUUUCAAAUUGUGAUACUUGGCUAGCUGAAAGUAUUUUUCAACCAAAUUUUGAUUCUUUCCCCCAACUUUGGAUUAUUUUUGGAUUUUAUAGAGAGCAAUUAAUUCCUUUUAUUUUUUGUCUUCUUCCAAAUAAAAAUGAGGAAACUUAUCAGGCAGCUUUAUUAGCCAUUCUGAAUGCUGUUGGAGAAAUGUGCCCAAAAUUUUUUAUAAUAAAUUUUGAAAGGGAAAUUGAAAAUGUUAUUAAAAAACUUCUUCCACAAACACAAAUAAGAGGAUCUUUGUUUUAUUUUUUUAAAUUUAUGUGGAAAGCAAUUCAAAAUAAAGGGUUGGAAAUACGUUUUGAAAAAGAAGAGUAUGCAGUGAUUUUGAAGAAAUUUUGUGUAUUGGCUUUUUGUGAUGUUAAGGUGAUUUUUUUAAAUUAA